AUGAACAGCUCAAGUGUACCGACAAUGCUCACCACGCUAGCCCGCCGCGGCAUAUCUGUCCAGGCCCAAGCAUUUGUCUUCUGGCUCCUAACGCCCGUAGGCGCGGUCUUCUUCCUCUACCUCAUCCUGUACAUCUACGCUAACUACAUUUACUGGGACGACAGGUCGCUGUCCAGCCCCUCCCACAAAGCCGUCACACGCCUCUACAACAGACACGCCCGCCGUGCAAGCGGCUGGCACAAGGCUGCGCACCGCCGCUUCUGGCAGCGCGUGCUGCGCAUCGUGACGCGUUUGAACAUCGAAGAGCGCGCUUAUGGCCCCCAGAACCGCGUCAGAAUUAGGUCGAAUCGCCGCUUUAGCGAGGCGUUGAAACAGCGCACGCCGUGCAUCACAACGGCCGAUCCGUUUUGCCACACUGUUGACUAUGAGGCUGAGUAUGAUGGGCUUGGACGCCGUAUUGCGGAGGUGGCGGCUGCUGAGGAGCAGCUCGGCCUGUCUUCUAACCCUUCUCUAGAGCUGGCUGUCUUGAAUUCGAAGACAAAUACAGGAAGCAGUAGGGAGUUGCUGGACCGCUCCAGGCUUUGGGGGGCGUCGUUUUGUCCUGAACCUUUGAAGCUUCCCUCGCCGAUUUUUCGGCGUGAAUCCUAUACCUCCUUCCCGGGUCACCGACGCCCGGUUUCGCUCAACGAGAAUGAUCUCUUGCAGAGGGGUUCGUGGGUGGUAUCGCCUGUUGCGCAGUCAUUCACUGCCAGUCUUUGCGACUCUAGCACUGAUACUGGAACUAGCUUAUCCAGUGGCGGCUUUGAAACGAUCGUCAUCGGAUACAUUCCCGACGAUUAA